AUGAAACUUAACCUCAAAUUGAUUGUUCAAGUGCUAGUGUCAUUCUAUGUCGACCCAUCCCUCGGCUUCCAGCAUGUAGUCCCACGAUGGAUCAACCAGCAGCCGACGCAAGUGAUCGGAAAUGUCACAGUCAUUGACACGCCUCUCGUGCGCGCUGCCCAAGCCUAUGCCCGGAAGUACAGCGAGGACUUUCUUUUCAACCACGUUAUGCGGACCUGGCUCUUCGGCGCACUCGUAAUCAGCCACAACACCACACUACAAAGAACUGUCGACUACGAAGUGCACGCUGUCGGCUCCUUGCUGCAUGACCUCGGCUUGGUGCUCAACGCUUCUUUCAUCAGCUCUGACCGCCGCUUCGAAGUCGACAGUGCCUUCGCGACAACCGACUUCGUCGAGAACCAAGUGGCACAUGGCGAUGCUGAAUCUGCUUGGGACGCCCACCGUUUGCAGCUGCUUUUCGACUCGGUACUGCUGAGCUCGGAGUCCAAGUUCUCUUUGUACAAGCAGGCGACCGAGCCUUGGGGAGAUAGCUUCGUGCCUCACUAUUCUGCCGUUGGAUAUCGGAUCUUCGACAUCGUGACGGGGAUUUAA